CUGCUGUUUGUAGCUUGCCCACUGAUUAAAUCAUGUGGCGGUAAUUCUGCCUGACAUUGAGACAGCUUACUGAGUGACCUCCUUCUGCAGGGGAUUGUAGACUCAGAGACACUGCUACACAUCGAUGCAUCAACACGGUCAUCAGCCAUACAUGGGGUCUCAGACUCUCUUUGACUCUAAAUGAUCUUUCUUUACCAGAUCAGCCUGCUGCUUUUCUUGAGGGACUGUCAACUGGUUAUUUGAAACCCCUUCAAAGACAGCAGAAUGAGGUAGGACAUGGAGUUAACUUUGUCCAUCGACAUAGGCGUACCAUUAAUAAAUUAAAACUUUCUCGUUAUUGACAAAAAAUACAUUUAAAAAAAAAUCAGUGAAUGCAAACAAUAUCACCCCACAGACCUGAUCUUGAUUUGAAAUGCUUCUUUUCAAAAGGUUGCACAAUCCUGAAGUAAUGUGAAUAUUUACAGUAUAAUUUGUUUUCUCCAAAAAAGUACAAUAUUCAAUCAAAUCAUUAAUUGCAACGUGCAUUAGCUUAUAAUUAAUUUUGUUUGAAAACAUUGUGCAUUCUAUUCAUGUAUUGUGCAUGAUUCCAGUAAGUGAUUGAAACAAAGGACAUUCUGUAAGAAAUAGUCAGUAUUCUGUUAUGGCCCAGCAGGUAGGUGAUCUCUCGUUAUGUUUCAUUUUUUUACUUCAAUUAAUAUGAUCAUUUUAAUUACUUGUAUCUUUAUUUAGUUUGAUUUAUUUUGUUUAUUUCCUUGUAUCGUUUGUGCUGAUCUUCCUUGUUUAUUUAGUGGUUAACUUGCCUUAAAAUGAUUCCCUGUUUUUACAGAUUCUGACUAAUAUAGCAAACACAACACACACAAAAAAAAAAAAAUCAGCCGCUAAAAGAAUUAUUUCAUUAUUUAUUUUAUUUAUCAAAUAUUUUACCAGUAAGGAUACAUUGAGAUUUCUCUCAUUUUUAAGUAUGUCCUGGGCCCACAUUAAUUGAUGAAAACUAAACUGUAAUUAACUAAUAAAUACAUGUUUCACAUAGAAUAGAAGGUUGGUAGCGACGAGAAGGAUAAAGUGUAAGAGAAGAGAUUUUGUACCAUACAUUAAUCUAUGGUUUAUGUUUUGAAAGUUGUGAAACGCCAUAACCUCUACAGAUUAUUGUAUUCACUCUCUUCACUAUCAAUAAAUAUUUGGACAUGCGUGCACCUUCCAAUAAUAGGUUGUGAGUGUUAGAUUAUAGCAGGUUCAGCCAUACCCAGUGCUUUCAGCCUAUCACUGUAAUUUUGUACAGAUAAUUAGGAAGCGAAAGUUGAAACAAGAAAUGAAAAAAUGGCACCCUAAGCUUUCUAGCACCAUAACCACUGUAAUUUGUAGUAGUUCUACACUAGUGUUAUCUGGCAAAAGUUGAGUAGCACACCACACACGGAGACAAGGUAUAAGUAACAUGAGAAUGGCUUCUUGCCCUAAUGCUUACGAUAUAGAUCGCCUUAUGCUCUGAUGUUUGGUAGCAGCGUAUACAUUUCCAGCGAGGUGUGUUGUUUAGAACUAUUACGUAUGUUAUGUAUUGAUAUGAUGAUCUGUAUUAAUGUGUUGUUGAAUAUUGAUACGGUAUGUACAAACCAAAACAAAACCAAAAAAUAAAUAACAAUUUGCAGUAGUUAUGGUGCUUCUCUCUAACCCUUAAAGAGAGAUUGUCAUAGAACUAAAAGAGUGGUGUGGACCUACCUAUUCCUCCUAUAAAAUAAUGCGUGGAAUUAAAAUCAUUAGGCCGCUACAUACUAUAAGAGCGAACAAAAAAUUCAUAGUAAAACUGUCAAAAGGGUCACUCUUAGCUCAGUACAGUGGUUAUGGUGCCAGCAUAUCCCUAUUGCCGUCCCACGCUCUGUGUGAACAAUUCCCCAUUAGCAAAGUCAAUUUCGUCUUACUUUGGCUGAGUAUAUCAGCUACAGACCAAAUCAAAGAAUGUUUUGCCAAUAACGUAGUGUGAUUUCCGCGGCAGCAAUAUACCAAAGAAGGAGCUGGGCCACAGGGGCCUUGGUUUCCCUUAACUUGUAUCGUUUGACAUAGAAUUAAGGGAUGGGGCCAUUAGCCUGCUGGCACCAUAACUACAACAGCAGGCUAUAAUGCUUGGCACUUGAAGUACAAAUAUAUGGAUAGAUGUAACACAUAGACAACGAUCAAUGGGACAUGUUUACAUGUGUUUGGUAAGUUUUCCAACCUCAAGUUAAAGGGACACUAUAGUAACUAAAACGUCUAUGGCUUAAUGUGGGGGUACUAGUUUCUAUAGCACGUCCCUGCAGGCUCAGCAAUGUGAAUGUGCUUUUUCAGAGUAAAGGCAGUGUUUACAUUGCUGGCAAGUAACACCUCUAGUUACAGAAUUUCACUCUGGUGACUAUCUGUAAGACAGUCACUACAGGUGUGUUUAACCCUGACAUUCUAGGUUGCAGGUUACAUAUACAGGGCCACUGUACAUAGACCACGUCAUUGAGAUGAAGUCGUCUGAGUGUAUUUAGUGGUCCUUUAAUUAAUGCUUAGGGAUUACACCAAAGGCUAAAACACUGAACCUGCCAAAAAAAACCUGGAAAGUUCAAAGUACUAUUUUUGGUGUCCACUAAAUGCAGUUGUGGGUGAAAUUCAGAGAUUGGGAUUUUCACAAAUCCAGUUCAAAGCAAUUUAGAGUCCCUUAAAUAUAACUUGUUUGAUCUUACUAGGCCCCUUGUUUUUUCUAUUUAAUGAAAUAAUUUCUCUUGAUAGUGUGUUAAUCUUUGAAUUAUGUCUAAACAAAAUGUAUGAUAGAAGCGACAAGGUUUGAUAUCAUUCUGUGAGACCCACUGAUAAAUAAAGCGUCACAGUGGACCAUUACCUAUAUGCUGAGCUAUCCCGACUUUCACUCCAACUACUAGACUCCAAACUGAUUAUUAAAGAUCUAUAAUUUUAAGUUAAUUAUUUUCAUCAUUUAGAUACCAUUCCUCAUAUAACAAAACGUUACCAAUUUUAACUUCCAUAUAGAAUAAAGAGUUAUUCACAAAAUUGAGAAUUGCUAGGAAUUAAAAGAAAAAUGUUAAAUUUACAGCCAAAAACAAAAAAAAUGCUCCGAGUCAGCUAUGUUUCUUGUCAAGGUACAUCGGCUUUACAUUUAAAAUUCAGUUUGAAUUCCCAGAAAUUUCUUCUUUAUUGAAUAACCCUGCUAAUAUUUAUUGUACCACCAGCAUGUUCUACCUUGUUUCUUCAUUGGAUUGACCCAUUAGAAUCAAAAUGAUUCCUGGUCUACUCGAAGAUCCCUUUAAUGUAGCUGUAUUGUUAUUUUCUGUAAAGGCCAAUGUUGCAGUUUUAUAAAAUAUUCAUAGUAUAAAAUCUAAGUUAUACCUUACACCAUACUAUACUAUAUUAUGCACUAAAACUACAGCAACAUUUAAAGUCUUACAAAGCAUGACUGGAAUAGUGCGUAAAGGGACACUCCAUUGCCCACCCACACCCAAAAAAUAAAUAGCACUGUUUAACAAAUAUACGAUUAAGACAUACAUGCAUUUAAUUACUCAUGAUGUAUAUAUCUAAAAACAUCUUGCAAAAGCUGCAGGUCUCUUGUCUGAAGUCUUUGCAAGCCGUCCCCGUCUAACCCCGCCCAGACUACGCCUUGAAUUUACCUCCACUGAGCUAAACAACCAGUAAGUAAUAGGACUGCUUGUCUGAUUGACAGCAAGAGGGGUGUAAAAGGUUAUUUUUUAUCAAAGUUCAUAUUUCUUUUGAAAUAUACACUUUUUGCAAAAUGAAGAGAAAAAAAAAAACACAUAAAGCACUUCAGCAAACUAAAGUUUUUUUUCAGGGUCUGGAGUGUCCCAUUAUAGGACCACUCUAGGCACCCAGACCACUUCAGCUUAAUGAAGUGGUCUGGGUGCCAGGUCCAGCUAGGGUUAACCCAUUUUUUUUUUAUAAACAUAGCAGUUUCAGAGUAACUGCUAUGUUUAUAAAUGGGUUAAGCCUUCCCCCAAAGCCUCUAGAGGCGCUUGCCUGAUUCUCACUGUGAAAAUCACAGUGAGAGCACGCAAGCGUCCAUAGGAAAGCAUUGAUAAUGCUUUCCUAUGCGACCGGCUGAAUGCGCGCGCAGCUCUUGCCGCGCGUGCGCAUUCAGCCGACAGGGAGGAACGGAGGAGGAUCGGAGGCAGAGAGCUCCCCGCCCAGCGCUGGAAAAAGGUAAGUUUUACCCCUGUUCCCCUUUCCAGAGCCGGGUGGGAGGGGGUCCCUGAGUCCCUGAGGGUGGGGGCACCCUCAGGGCACUAUAGUGCCAGGAAAACGAGUGUUUUCCUGGCACUAUAGUGGUCCUUUAAUGAUGGCAUAUAUAACAUGCACCUGUGCUUUGGCAAAUUCAAAGCCACUAAGCUAGAGAGAGAAUGAACCGUUAGCUGUUAUCAACCUACCCAUGUUAUUCUCAUUUUUUUUAAAUUGAAAUACUAGAAAUGAAACAAGUUCCCAUCACCAAUCAACACCCAAUUAAAUACUGCAUGAAAGGAUAUGACAUAUGAGAAGUGUGACGUCCAAAGAUUUAAUGGAAAAUCACAAGGGGCCUGAUAUGGAUCUCAGUGUAUAUGUAGUGAGAUGUAAAUAAAACAAGGUGUGCUGAUUGCUGCUGCCCCUAGUCCUUUAGAUAAAAAAUGUUUUCUAAACCAUCUGCCCCAUGUGUAAUAUCAAUGCAGGGCAAGGUCUACAACACCGAAGGUUGUAUUUAUCCUGCCACAGGAUUAUGUUGUUCAGAGUGUCUCAAAACCUGAGCCAUUCUGUUUUGUACACCUGCUAGGCUGUGGAAUAUCCUAUCCCUUGUUAUGUCACCUAUUGCCGUAUUCUGUCCAAAUGAGGGAUGCUAUAGUGCCAGGAAAACAAAGCGGUUUUCCUGGUACUAUAGGUCCCUCCAGUGCCCCCCUCCCACAAUGUUGAAGGGGAUUAAAACCCAUUUAGUCACUUAUCUGAAUCCAGCGCCAAUGUCCCUCUGCACUGGGUCAGGCUCCGCCCAUGCUCCACCAUGCUCCACCAUGCUCCUCCCCUGCCAACAUCAGCCGGCGGGGGAGACCUAAUGCGCUGCAAUGGGCGCGGUCGCAUUAGGAUUUCCCUAUAGGAAAACAUUAUUCAAUGCUUUUAUGUGGGGGUAAAUCUGAUGCUGGAGCUCCUCAUGCAGAGCGGGAGGACAUCCAGCGUCAGAUAACGGACCAAAGGCCAGUUUCCAUUCCGGAAGUCCCUCCAGGAAUGAAAGCUCAUGAUUUUAAAAAUAUUGAACUGCAGAAAAUUAUCUUCUUUGAAAAGAUAUGUUUGGGCAAAGCUCCCCAGAAAGGCUUUAUUACCUCACUUUGCCCAUCUUAUUUCAGAAACUAUGAAAUUGGGAAGACUAUAGAAAAAGGUGAGAGGUGGAUUUGGGAGGUGUGUUGGAUAGUACUUACUGGGGAGAAAUAUGGCCAUUGGCCAAUAAUAGGAUACUAAAAUGGCCUCCAUAUGCAUAUCCUUACAGGAACAGUUCUAGAAGACAAUGUUCCGAUGGUACACUACUCCAGUUUAAUGUUAUUAUAUGAAAAAAUCACCUAACGAUUUCUGUUGGCGGGGUUUUGGACUCAAAGGCACAUAGAUCCACAUGUGGUGGGAGUGCUUAAAAGUACAGUCUUUCUGGAAAACUUUAGAGGACUUACUAGCGUGAGUAUUUCAGAGAAGGUCAGAAUUAGACCCUUGGGUUUAUCUGUUAUUUAGACCUCUAGAUGGAUGGAUGGAAAAUUCAGACACAAACUUAUCCUGGUUGCUAAAUGGGCAUUAGCCCAAUUAUGGCUCAAACCUGAAAGCUCUACCAUUAACAAAGUAUUUUCAAAAAUAAAAGACACUUACAUCAUAAAUAAAUUAAAAGCCCAGAUUAGGGGAUAAACGAAGACGUUUCAAAAGAUAUGGGAUACUUGGGGGAGUAGUGACAUAGGAGACUAGAUAAUGACAACAGGGAGAUUUAGUUCUCCUCCGCACUCUUUUUUUUCCCCCACGGCUGACCUACAUGCUCCCCUACCCCUGCUGUAAACAGAUAGCUCAGACACCUGAGCUAACGGAAGCUAUACAGUGGCCCAGAGUGGAUACAUAACGAUACUCUCCAAACUUAAAAUACUAUUUAGCUUUCACACAGCCGAUUCUAUUACUCUCCCAUUAUCUACUUCUCUUUUUCCUCCCAAAGAAUUGGACACAAGCUGAAAGAUGUUUAUUUUCUAUUCUUUCCUCCAUUAUUCAUAAAAUGGAUGACAGCUAAUUCUUGUGAGGCUGAACAGAAAUGAGGAAUGUAAACAUUUUGUUGAAAUCCAUUGUUGUAAACGUUUGUACUAUGUGUACUGCAUUUUGGCAAGCCUCUUCAUAAAACAUCUGUUAUUUGAUACCUGCUAUCUUAAAAUAAAACAUUAAAAAAAAAUACUGAAAUCAGUUGGUUUAGACCAAAAAAUCAUGUUCUUAGCCAAAACACUUGCUUAAAGAUAGAGCGCAGAGAGUAAUAUUAAAUGGAAAAUUUUCAAGUUGGACAAAAAUAAGUGGAAUGCCUCCGGGUUCUACCCCGGGUCCAUUUCUCUUUAAUCUGCUUAUAAAUUACCUUAAAAUAGCUAUUGAAAGUCAUUUGUCAGUGUUUGCAUGUUUUACAAAAUGAUGUAAAUAAUACAGUCUGAACAUGAUUUAGCCUCUCUACAGAAGUAUUUGGAUAAAUUGGGGAACUGGACAGACAAGUGGCAGAUGAGAUUCAAUACAGAUAAAUGUAAAGUCAUGCAUUUUGGAAUAAGGAACCCACCAGCCAUUUGUACAAUAAAUGGCAUUGAGUUAGGAAUAACAUGCUUUCACAUAUACAAAGGGUAUUGAUUAACCCCUUAACGCCGUUAUGGCGUUCUAUGCCGUCCCGCAUUAAAAGGGCUUUAAAGCUGUUGCAACAGCAUAGAAUGCCGUAAUGGCUUGCAGCCCCUGGAGGUCCGGUGUACUCACCUCCGCUGUGAUCCUCUUUGGGAGGACUUCCUGACAGCCCAUGUAGCCCUCCCCGGGCAAAUGAGGCUACCGGGGGCCAUGUGAUCGCUCUCUUUCUUAGUAACCACUUAGACACAAACACUGGCCAAAUAUUAGUUUUUUGCUUUUUUCACACAAAAACAAAUAUGAAUGCUAAAUUUGGCCAGUGUUUGUGACUAAGUGGCAACUAAAAAAAGAAUAAACAUACCCCACUUUCAAUACCUUGGGCUGUCUACCUUUUCAAAUGGUAUGUCAUUAUGGGGGUAAUUCUCAUUCCUGGGCUACCACACCGUCUCAAAGGUAAAAUUAAUAAUCUGGCAAAUUUCAAUUUGAAAAUGGAACGUUCUAUAUUUGACUCUGUAACUUUCCAAAACACCAUAAAACUUGUUAAUGGGGGGUACUGUUGUACUUGUGAGACAUCCCUGAUUACAAAUAUGUGCAUUUUUUUGCAGUCAACCUAACAGUAUUAUGACAUUCACAGCUAAAAUGUCAGACGGAAAUACAAUUUUUUAUUUUUUUUUUAAAUCUUAUUUUCUCACAUUUUUUAAAAUUUUAUUCAGAAUAAAUUAUGUUCCAUAUAUGAAUAGUUAAUGUUAAAUUAAAGCCCUGUUUCUCCUAAACAAAAUGAUAUAUAAUAAGUGUGGGUGCACUUAAUGUGACAGCGGUGAAUUACGGUUGAACAGACAUAUAGCGCAAAUUCCAGUUUUUGUUGCCUAAAGAGGUUGUGUUAUCAGAUUCUAUAGAUACAUUUAAACAGGCUUUGAAGCUUUUAUGCAUAAAUAGAACAUUAAAGGCUAUAACUGAUAUGUUUGUAAACAGGUUGAUCCAAGGAGAAGUCUGAUUGCCAUUAUGGAGUCUAGAAGGAUUUUUUUGUUCCCUUUUUGUGGCAUAAUUGGAAAGGACUACAGGUGGGGGUUUUUGCCUUCUUUUGGCUCAACAGCUGAAAAAUCGGUUUUGAGGUUGACCUUGAUGAACUUUAGCCUUUGUGGUGAGAAACGACCAAGAAAGUAGAAAGAGGAGGAGCUGUAAAAAAAAAUCUAUAUUGGUAUAUUAGUUAUUUAAUAAAUAUAUAUAAAUAUAGAUUAAUAUCUAUAAAAUCUACAUAUUUUGCAGUUCACUGAUUGGCCCGUUAUUGUACCCUUCUAAUCUUUUUCGGGUGAACCAAAUUCUUAUGAGCUGAAUCACCACAUCAACAAACUUUUUUUAUUUUCAGACUAAGGGUUCGGUCGAAACUAUUUUUUACCGUGCAAGUCUAUUUAUUUUUUUUAAACUUUUUUUUAUAACCAGGUAGAUAUUCAAGUUAGUCAUAUUAAAGAAACAGUAUUUCAAUAAAGAGUGCAGCACUAAGAUCUUAAAAAAGAAAAUAAAGGGAUAUUUGGAGUGGUGUCAUGGAAUUGCCUUUUUAAGGCUGUUUUUGGUUGGUACAGAUUAAAGGCAGAUGGAGACGAAUUAUUACACAGCAACACUGACUUGAUCUGAAGAUAAAAAUAAACCAGAAUUAGUUAGUGGGGUUUAGUGAUAUUGUACUGUCUUUAUCUUAUUUUGGACAAGAGCAGAGAAUUCCUUAACGCUCUUCACCUCUCUGAUCAUACAAAAGAUCGGUGACUGUUUAUCCUUGUUUGAUAUGUUUAGACGGAUAAAAAAAAAAAAGCAAAAGUUAAAAAAAAAGCCUAUAAACUCAUGACAAAUAAUUAUUUCUGUGAUUUUUUUUUGAUUUUUUUUUAAUCCUGCUAAAUCCGGCAGAGCCCUUGGACAUUACAAUUCUUUUCCCUGACUUCAAGCUUAAAGAAACUGCAGUGUAAUCUGCAAUUUAAUUUAUUUUCAUUGUUGGAAGUCUGUUGGGAUGAAAUGUAAAAGCCAUUUAACUCUCUGUGUACAAAAACAGUGAAUUGCUUUAAACCUGAAGGAUCAAUGCCAUUCUUUGUCAUUAUGACAAAUGGCAAAGCAAUAUAAAAAUUCAGCAGUGACGAUUCUUAGGUUCUUAAAGUUAAAGGGAAACACUACUGCCCAAAAUACAAAAUAAAUAAAAAUCACUGUUUAAUAUAUAUACACCUCUAUUUUUUCAUUGGGGAUAUAUCUAAAAGAGCUUGCAAAAACUGCUGCCUUUUGCAAGUCCUCCCCUUCUAACUCUGCCCAGACUUUCUGUGGCUGUCCAAUCACAGACUUCCCAAUGCAGAUCAAAGAGAAGUAUUUGCAAGACAGGUGCUCUUGGCAAUAGCUCCCUUUUGAACUAGCUCCACUGAGCUAACCAAACCAGGAAGUAACAGGACCGGUUGUCCGAUUGAAAGCCAGGGGGUGUAACCAGGCAAAUUUAUAAAAGUGUUACUUUAUAUUGAAAGCUGAACAACAAUACAAAAAAAUGAACAUCUAAGAAGAUAGCAAAGCACAUCCAUACCAAGUAUCCAUACUGUAAUAAUAUUUAUUUUAUUACAAUAACUAGUCAUUAAUACAUUCACAAAAUUGCAUUGAAAGUAACAACAUUAGGGCACUUACAUUGUUCCAAUUAUUGAAAGACAUUUCAAAUAAGACUAUAAAGUAAAAAAAAUAAAAUGUACAUUCAUUGUUGAGCAAGUAUUGAAUAUCUGGCUUUUCCUGUACUUUUGUCCAUUCUGUUUUGUAUUUACUUUAGUUCUAUUUUAGCCUUCAGUAUUUAAUAUUUAUUUGUCUGUGUUUUUGAUAAUGCGGUCUUUGAUCGCUAGUGUUCGGAAGGAGGCCCUUGCAAAGAUUGUUCCUAAUCUGAGUACUGAUAUUACAAAUAUUUAUAUUUUUUGAUAGUCUUAAUAGAAUAGUCUUAUCCGUUAUGUGAUCAUUGUGUAUGUUGUAGCUUAAUGUUGUUCAUAUGGUAGGUUCACCAUUUAGAAAGAGCUUGUAUUUUAGGCCAGUGCUCAAUGGCAAAUAACCUGGUACGAGCAGCACAAAUCCUGUAUAUUGAACACUGACACGGCUUAAUGAGUCAUCUUAGUCUUAGUCCCUACAGCUUAAUGGAUUUACAUUUGGAGAAAAGUCAAACGAUGCUUUCAAUUGUUUGCUGGUAACAUGAGUUAAUUUUAAAGGCAAAGAUGAACCUUUUGGUGUAAACAUUGUUUAUGCAUGAUAUUAUCAUAUUUAAAGGAAUACACUAACAUUAAACAUAAAUAUAUAUUUUAUUUUAUAUAUUUCACUUAGAUUUUUAACAUUAGAGUACUCAUUAAUAGAUUUUAAAAAUUAAAUAAAGUUUAAAAAAAAAGGAUAUUAAACUCCAGGCCUGUCUCCUCUGUGCACCCCCAAUCCACCUUCCGUGGGAUCGUCAAACAUGAUGAUCUCUGGUCCAAUCAAAUGCUUCUCAUAGAAACAUUGCGUUCCUACGGUGCAUGCUUGGCAGUUAACCUUCUCUAUUUUUAAGUUGACCAUUUCUCUAGGUGGUGAGGUUUGGGGAACCUUGGCAUCAUGGCUUUAUGAAUGGUUAGGGAGUUACUAGAGGAUUGUUAAUCCAUGGCCAAAUUACCGAAAGUGGUUGGCAUAGUGUUAAGGCCAGGGCAAUUGAAAGCUGGUAUUGGGUGUCUGGAAUCCCAACCCCAAUUUGUUGCAGCAUUGAAAGUGUUUGUUUAGUGAACACUGGGCAGCUUGCACAUGCUUAGUGAUGUGUUAGGGCUUAGACAAUGCUUCCUUCAGGGAUUUGGAAAAUAGAGCAUGUUAGCAGUGAGAACAAAGGUUUUUAGGGUAUUUUGGAUUCAGUAAAACUACCUGAAAAAACUAAACAGAAAGUUACCUGGGUUGUGUUUAUCUGCCCCACUUCUUUUACUGUACUUAGGAUCGGUGGUUACUAGACACACCCUGCCCAGUUACUGUAUUGGGAGGAAGGGACAGCAAGGGGGUCUGUUUUCCUUUGCAUUUCCAAACCAAAAUUUCUCUGACAGUGCAUGCACAAACUUCUGUGAUGAAGGACAUUUCUGGCAUAUAUUUGUAUGAUGUCAUCAUAUUUCACCUUUUUAUUUGCCAUUUUUAUAUUUUAAGAUGUCAUCAUAUGACACUUUUUUUAUUUGCCGUGUAUAGAUUUGUGCGAUGUCAUCAUUUUCACUUUUUAUUUACCGUAUAUAUAUUUACAUGAUGUCAUCAUAUGACACUGCAUUCUCCCAUUGAUGCUAUUUAUAGUAAUAAGCAUCUUCAGACAGGUAUCAUUUAUUUUUAUUAAAUGACACCAUGCCCCCGAUGUGAGAUAGAAUAACUGUACGUUUACAAUCAAGGGAAGUGGAGAUUUAUCCGAUCACUAAACAAAGCAUUUGAUUUGAUACAGCUGUCUGUGUGCGAGGAGGGUGACUAAAGGAUUAAGUGGGUCAGAAGCAAGGCCACUGGCAGAGCUGUGUGGAAGCCCUGGACAGGAAUAGUAAGGCUUAUCCCUGUGACACAUAAAUCACUGAAUUUUACAAAUCUUGCUACAUGUGUUUUACACAAAAUAAUGUAGCAAGUAAUCAAUGGUGGAGAUAAAGUAUUACCUAUAGUAAUUUAGCUAUCUGUGCAGGGCUGGAUUUUAAUUUGGAAGGAAGUUUCAUUAACGCUUUGAGGACCAAUGAAGGGAUAAUUCCAUCAUAAAGUAGCAUUUAAAGAUCCUAUGUGAGAAUAGAAAGUCUCAUUUAAAGGAACACUACAUUAAUGUAUUUUACCCUUAAAGAAUUCAUAUAAUGUGUAUUCAGCCACCCCCACUUCCUGGUCUUAUGCACCAAGUUAAAACCAACUUGAUUUUCCACGACUUCCACUUAGAAGUCGACAUGCACACUGUUGUUUUAAAGUUACCUUCCCUCCCCCGUCUGAAAGGUUUAAAAACUCUUUCUUUCACUUAUUUGAUUCCAGCGCGGAAGUCCCUUAGUGCUGAAUCGCGCUCCUCCUCCUUCGCCGACGUCAGCUGAUGGAAGGGAACCAUCAACUAACUGGAGGAGAGCGCCACGCACUAUAGGCCUUCCCCAUAGGAAAACAUUGACUUAAUGCUUUUCUGUGGGGAUUUUGAAGAUGCUAGAUUUUCACAUAAAAAGCGUGAGGACGUCCAGCGUUGUUUCACACAGUCAAACUCCUUGAAACUGCAGGAAGAGCCAACACUGCAAUGCAAACAUUACAAUUUCUCUAAAACUGCAAUGUUUUCAGCUGCAGGGAUAAGGCACCAGGAAAACUGCUCCCUCACCACUUUAAUGAGAUGAAGUAGUCUGGGUGCCUAUAGUGUUCCUUUAAAUGUACGUGUUUGGUGGUGGAGCGCUUAUUAUCUUAAAAUUAAACAAAUCUUCCUAACAAAAAAGUGCUUAUACAUGAAAAUAUGUGCAAAUAUACUCAUAAAGUGUUUUAAAUUAAUGUAAACAAUGUAUUGUACUCUUGUGCUGUUUAUAGUGCUUAUGGUACCACAUAAAUGAGGUUGUGUCUUUAAAUAACAUGUUAAACCUGUGUUAUACACUUUUAUACCUUUUAAUCGUUAUUCAGAUCACUCUUUAAUUUAAUUUGAAACACAUUUUAACAUUUAUAAAAAACCUUGUCCCCUUAAAUAUACCCACAACAUACGGUUAUAUUGUGCACUUAUAUGAGAACUGCCUUAAUCUGCCUACUAAACAGAGCAGACAUUGUUCAUUUUUAAGUGAAUUAUCAAUUUUAUUUCUGAAUGUUCACGUAACGCCUAAUUCUUACAACACCAUAUGCAACAUGAAACAUCUAAAUUUGUGACAAUUUGUAAACAUUUUCAAAUUUCCCGAGCUUUAGAAACAUUGAGAUAUUUUGCAGUGCACUCCUUUGUACAAGUAUGAAAAUAUUAAAUAACUAUUAUAUUCACAAUGAAACAAACAUGUAACAUGGAAAGUAAACAUAUGUUACAUACUGUAUAAGUAACAAUGUAACAUAGUAAGGUCCUUUGCAUGUUCUUGAUAUCACUUUUCUGUCGUCCAACAGCUCUUUCUCACACGAUAUUGCGCAAUAUCAAGACACAGUAUGAAGGCAUGGCGAUUAUGGCCUCAAUCAUUAUUUAUCAUGCUUUCUGAGUGUCUGGGCAUGUAUGAUAUAGCAUGUUAACGUGGAUCGAAAUGCGGAUCAGAGAUGAGCAAGGAUUAUGAGAAUCAGGCAUUAAUGGCCAGAAAUUAGAAUCUACAAAUAGCAGAAAGCACCUUUAGUUGUGAAAUGUAACAACUUAAAUCCUUCUGAAAUGAAAGGCAGACAAGGAAAUCGAAGUGAUUAGAAAAGAGAGGCCAUUGAUAAGCGACAGUUUUUCUAUCUUUUAUCAGCAAAGUAAUCUUAGCUUUUGAUGAGAUUCAGGCCUCAUUUGCAGAGGAUUAAAGACCUUGAUAAUCCGAGGUCCUAAACCCGUUCCCUUUCUGCAUAGAUUAUUCAUACGUCAUAUAUGGAGUGCUAUGCUGUGUUAAUGAAGACCCUCUCUCCAGAAUAAGGCAGCUUAGAACCGAGAGCACAGAUGUUGGGCAUUAUUUCCUGUCUGCUAUUAUGCUACCAAAAAUGCUUUUAACAAUAUUAUCUUUGUGUCUGUUGUUUGUUUACAAGCACCUAGUUAUGUCAGCACGGCGAUUAUUGACAUCCGAUAUUGUCAGUGUAUUGCUGUUUGCCUUCUUUCAGACUCUGUCUUAUCCCCGUCAUCAAGUCGAAUUGUAAAGAAUAGUUUCAAAUCAUCAGUUAAAUAGUCAAUAGCGGUCAGUGGGGGGUUAUAAUACACAGGUACAUUGUGCAUUGGGCAGUGUGAUGCAAACUGUUAUUCAGUUGAGGGUUUAAUCUGCAUUCAAUUACAUUCAAUCCAUAGGAUUCCAUCAAUACUUUCAUAGCUUAUAGUGUUUACUAUUAAAAAUGGCCCCUCCUCCGAGCAUGGCUAAACUUCAGCUUUACCUGCCUACUGUUGUUUGCCAACUUUAUACAUCUGUCUGGGGCCAUGAUCCAUACCUGUUUCUACAUGGGGACCUUUAAAAAUGACAGGGGGUGUAUUUUGAGACCACUGGGCUAGAUAUCCUCCCAUGUUAUAAAACAGAAGAACGCUAAUAUUGGCCAAAACUCAGAUAACAUGAUGGACUAACAUCGAAUGAGCUGAAGAGGCUCUAAAACAUGUGAGUGAGGAGUCAGUGCCUCCUAGUCUUAGUACAUGAGUUUAAUAUAAUAAUGUAGGCUAAGGACAGAAAUGCACUACAAAUUGAAAAAUUGCUUACUGUUAGCCAAACUAUAAACCAUGUUAUAAUUGCAGCAAGGAAAUUAAAUAAACCAGAAAUUGUUGUGAAUUAACCAUUUUAAGCUUGGAUAGCCAAGAUGGGAAAAUUGAUGAUUAGGAUAUUUUUUCCAAUUUGGCUAAUUUGUCAAAAAUUCAUAGUUACCUUGGUAGUCCCUGAUAAUUCACAGUUUAGUGGAUAACCAUAUGAAUAUAUAAUAUAAAUAAAAAAAUAUUACACAAUAUGUGAAUUAUACUCUGUUGAAUCUGGUAUAUAUGUAAUUAUUUAGGAGUUUGCUUCAGUAACAAAAUGUUAGAUAAUUUCAUCUCAACAUUGGUGGCCACAAAAUUACUGGGGGUGUACUACUGUAAAUAAAAAUAAUCAGUGCUAAAUUACUGAAUGAACCUACAAAAGCCUACGCAAUUAAUAUAAUAUGACUAUCAGUGUUUGCCAAAGUUAUAUAACACUGUUAACUAGACACGUGCAAUAUGUUUUGGUCCGAAUGCUAAUUCAGAUGAAUUUCAGGCAAUUUGCACAUCCGGGUACUUCCGAAUGUCCGAAUAGCUAAAUUUCCGAAUUGCCGAAGUCCCGAAGUUCCGAAAUUGCCAAAUUUCCGAAGUGUUAAAGUGCCGAAGUGUCAAAGUGCCGAAGCACAAUAUUGCCUAAGUACUAAUAUACUUACCCAGUGGAAGAAUGAAGAAUGUUACACUGUAUACAAGUUUAAAUAAAAAGUAUACAAACAUAGCCAGGAUUCAGCUGUAAGCAUUUGCAACACUUACAACAAUCAAGUAACACACAUUCGUAUAAAAUGUAAAUUACUAAGCCUGUCAAUGGAAUGACAGGAAUGAAUAAGUAGAUAACUCCCUAAUUCCCAUGGUAUUAGAGAGUUAUCUACUAAAAGGCUGCAAGACCUAAAUUGGUCUUUCAGCCACAUUUACUAAUACUAAGUAAAGAUUACUUAGUAUUAGUAAAUUAUGCCCCUACUCGCUAUACCACGAGUAGGGUCAUGUCUAUUAUCUAAAAAAGAAAAACAAACAAAAAAAAAAACACAUCCCCCCCUCCCGAGCCCCCACCUGUGCCGUGCGAGUGGGGGCUUCUAACCUGAACAUUGUUCAUUUUUGCUCCCCCCCCCGGCCCCCACCCCUGAAUGGUGGGUGGGGGCCCUAAAGUAAAAUAAGGGGGUACUUAGUUAAUGGUCCCCCCUCAUUAUUUUUAGGGUGAGGGGGGUAGGUAGGGGUUAUUUUUUGGGGGGGAGGGGAGUGACUAGGGGUUUGGGGACACCUAGUCACCUAGGGUGGGGGGUUAAAUUAUUAUUUAGGGCCCCCACCCGCCACUCAGGGGUGGGGGUCAGGGGAGAGGACAUUAGGUUCCCCCCCUUAUUGGUAUUUAGGGCGCCCACCCACCGCUCAGGGGUGGGGGCCAGGAGGGAGGACAUUAGGUCUUCCCCCUUAUUGGUAUUUAGAGCCCCCACCCACUGCUCAGGGGUGAGGGCCAGGGGGAGGACAUUAGAUCCCCCCCUUAUUCUAACUUAGGGCCCACACACGCCGCACAGGGGUGGGGACCGGUUGGAGGACAAUAGGUCCCCCUCCAUUAUUUUACUUUAGGGCCCCCACCCGCCGCUUGGGGGUGUAGAACGGGGGGAGGACAAUAGGUUCCCCCCACCUUUUUUUACUUUUGGGCCCCCAUCCGCCACUCAGGGGUGGGAGCCAGGGGGGGCAAUAGGUCCUCCCUUUAGUUUAAAAGCCCCCACUCGCACGGCAUGGGUGGGGGCUCGGGAGGGGGACAUUUUUUUUUUAACAGUUUAAUAGACAUGCCCCUACUCACGGUAUAGCGAGUAAUUUUUACUUAGUAUUAGUAAAUUUGGCUGAAAGACCAAUUUAGAUCUUUCAGCUUUUUGGUAGAUAACUCCCUAAUACCGUGGGAAUUAGGGAGUUAUCUACUAAGCGGCUGCAAGAGAAACUGCUAUGUUUCACUAAGGGUUAAUCCAGCCUCUAGUGGCUGUCUCACUGACAGCCGCUGGAGGCGCUUCCGCGUUUCUCACUGUGAAAAUCACAGUGCGAAGACGCUGAACGUCCAUAGAAAAGCAUUGAGUAAUGCUUUCCUAUGGGCGGUUUGAAUGCACACGAGUGCAUGCACAUUCCGAGAUGAGAGGCGGCUUGGGGUGGAGACAUCCCCAGCGCCAAGGGAGCCCGGCGCUGGAGAAACGUAAGUGCUUAAGGGGUUUUUACCACACACACUCUCACGAACAGAUGCAUACACACUAGCUAACAGACACACACAUUUACUGACAGACACACACUCACUGACAGACAGACACACAUACACACUCACUUACAAACAUAUACUCUCACUGACAAACACACACUCACUAACAGACACCAAACAAACUCACUGACACAUACUAACAGACACACACAAACUAACCCACUCCGUAACAGACACACACAGUAAAACUGACACACACACACACACUCACUGACACACAAAAUAACACACACACACAGAGAGACUCACUAGCAGACACACACAAACUAACACACAACUAACACACUCAGUAGCAGACACACACACAGUAACACACACACACACACUCACUGACACACAAAAACUAACACAAUCACUGACUCUCACUAGCAGACACACACUCAAUAACAGACACACACUAACAGACACACUCACUGACACACACACACACAUUUUUUUUUUUAAAUUUAAUCCUCCAGCCUCCCUACCUUUGGGAGUGCUGAGGGGAUGCCAGAUUUCCCUGGGGUCCAGUGGUGCUGCUGGGCGGCCGGUCCUGCAGGUGGCGAGGGAGCACUGAUUCUCCUCGCGUGUGGGAGCUAGGCAGAAAGCGCUCAGGGGAAAAUGCUCCCUCGCGUGCCCGCAUGCUGGCCUGCAAUGUAACGCCACUGCCAGCCUCGGGGGCCCCCUAAGAGAAGAGGAUGGCAAAAUGUGGCCACACUGGCAUACAUACCUGGUGGGCCUUGCCCUGCAACCGCAGUAUGUACGCCAGUGUCAGUCAUCAUAUGUGAAGAAUGCCACACACAAACAUAAUUCACAUGAACUACUUGUUAGAACAAGAACACUUUUGUUAGGCUUUAUUUUAAGAAAGUAAAAAUCUCUAAACAUCAAGCUGUGAUGUCAUGUUGUGUCCAAUGUCAUGUUGGGUCCAACUCUGGGUUCUAACGAUGAAGUCAGAGAUAGUGUGAUGAUUGCAGUAAUAAUUGCUUAGAAAUAAAUGUGUCGAAGCUCUCAGAUAUAAUCGCCAUUUUGCCCUUUAUUAGAAUAAGGGAAGCAAUGGCAAUAGAGAUUUUCAUGUAUGUUCUAAUGUCAGAGAGUUAUGGAAAUUGUGAUGCCACAGUUAAAACAAUACAGCAAGCGGGGGCUAGGCCCUGGGUACCUCUUGGACCCUUUUUUGGGGGGGUAGAAAAUGGUUUGACUGAUAAUUGGUGGGGCAGCUCCAGAAGCCUACAUGCAUCAUAACAUUACAACAACAUGGAGUUGUUAUGGUGUUUAGACCGUCCCUUUACUGUACAUUUAAAAGUAAACAGAGCAUCACAUGAAAAAGGUUAACACACAUUACAAGUGAUUUUCAGUGGUGUAUUCUUAAGAGCAAAAUUGAUUUUAUGGAUACAACAACAUCUUAACAUUUGCGUUAUUCUAUUCUAACUCUCUAUGCUUUUUUCCCCCCUCUAGGAUCAUGUGGAAACUAGGCCAUGCUCUUGUCUAAACUUACAAGGUUAUCAUUUGACGCACAAUGGCGUUGGCUGCUCCCAGCAGCAGUCUGGACUUACAAAAGGACAAUGGAUCGUGUGUGCGAAAUCACAUCAACGAUGGGAGGCUGAAAGUAGCAGAAGACCCUCGGGUAAGGAGGAAUUCUGUUCCUCCAGCACAGACUCCAACUGCAAAGCAUAUGUUAGCUUAUUUACCCCGGCCGCCCACGGACACCAGCAGAUAUGGAACCUUCCCUCAAAAGGUAAACGUAAAUAAAUGAUUUAUCACAUUUUAAAUGGAGAAAAAUAUUUUUAAAAUGCGAUAUCUCUGGGUACUGUGGAGAAUCCUAGUUUUUGUCAAACCACUCAAAACCAGUUUGACAGUAAACCUUGUGGGUACAGUCAAAGAUUAAUUGCACCAUAGCCACUACCACUAAUGUAGUUGUUAUGUUGCUUAGAGUGCCUUUUUAAUAGAUCAAAUCUGUAAUCUAAAAGAACAAUUUUAAUGGGCACUACUGUAUAGUGAAGUAGGUAACAUUUAUUAUCAUUUAAAAAAGUAUGGUCUCUCUUGCUACUAUUAUUAGUUUUUCAUAUCAUUAUCUAAAAUGUUUUCAGUCAUGAAACAUUGUUUAAAAGGACACUAUAGUCGCCAAAACAACUUUAGCUUUAUGAAGUAGUUUUUGUGUAUAGAUCAUACCUCUGAAGUCUCACUGUUCAAUUCUCUGCCAUUUGGGAGUUAAAUAACUUUUGUUUCAGUCCAUGGAGCCCUAGCAACACCUCACCUGGCAGUGACUGAAAACAAAAUGGUUUUAUUUUCAAUCAGAUGUAACUUACUUUAAAAUGUUUUUAUCGCCUGCUCAGUCAAUUGAACUUUAAUCACACAGGAGGCUUAUGCAGGGCAUAGCAAGCUAUUAACACAGCAGGGGAUACAAAAUUCAGAAGUUUACAGACAUGUGCAAUAAAGGAAGUGUAAAUAUUAGAUCUCAUUUUACAGGAAGCGUUUAGGAAGGCUGUGCAAGUCACAUGCAAGUUCUAAGUAGCAGAUAAUUGAGCAGUAAGACUGCACUGUUAUGAUCUACAACAAAAACUACUUCCUUAAGCUAAAGUUGUUUUGGUGACUAUAGCGUCCCUUUAAACUUAGUAUUGACAGAUAUCACCAUAUGAUCAAAACAUUCUAGAAAAUAUACAGUAAGGAAUUGGUCGAUUUUAUAAGAGUGGGUGAUGUAUACUUAACUUGAGUGCACUCUACAACCUAGUAAACACUUCAGUAAAAUUUACUGGGGUGAGUAAAAAAGUAAACGUAAAAGAAUUACUAUGUGAUAUGCAUUACUGGUAUAAUAGUACCAAAAAUAAUAAAAUAUUACAAUUAAAUAUAAUAAUAAUAAUAAUAUGUGCAAAAUUUUUUAUUAUGAGAUACAAAGUUGUUCCAGAGAACACAUGAUGACUAUUAAUUUUCUUUUCCAGCCCGAAACAAUGGUUGUUUCUGCAACAUCUUGUGAAGAUCACAAUCAGAGAAAUGAAUUUAUUGCCCCCAAAAAAGGAGGUAUCAUCUCGAGCUUCAUCCCACUGUCUUAUUCCAGCAGUGCUAAAGAAGCACGUCAAAGAAGAUUUAGUGCUGUAGAAUCUUCCAAUAUUCCUGCUACUCCCCCUCCACCUGUCAAGAAAAGGAUGAGCGUAACUAUUAAAACUGAAGACUUAUCACGCUACCAACGAGCUGCCAAGCAAGAGAUGCCAACUCGAGAAUUCAGUAGUAGCAAGUGGUACCCUAGACAUGCGCUCAGUGUUCCCAAUAUUCCCAUGCGUAGUAAGACACCUACACGUAGUGUUGUUUCAGCUCCUGUUACGACAAAAUCUCACCGGAUGCGUUGUAAGCUCAUGUACGAUGACCGACAGCUCUUUAACCUUACUAAUCGUCAGACUCGACAGAGGUAUGUCACCAAGGAUGGGAAGUGCAGGGUCAACCUUGGGAACAUUGUGGAAAAGAAAAGAUUCUUGUCGGAUAUUUUCACAACCAUUGUGGAUCUAAAAUACCGCUGGUUCAUAUUUGUUUUCAUGUUGUGUUAUAUUGUCACCUGGGUUUCAUUUGCAGUUAUUUAUUUUUUGGACGCCGUCAUUAGAGACGACGUGAAUCAUAUUGGGGAACCUGAGUGGAAGCCUUGUAUUGACAAUGUAGAUUCUUUCCUUUCUGCCUUACUCUUCUCAGUGGAAAGUCAACGAACAAUUGGCUAUGGAACAAGGAUGGUAACUGCCUAUUGCCCAGAGGGUGUAAUAUUGCUAAUGGCCCAGUCAAUAAUAGGCUCAGUGAUUGAUGCACUUAUGGUGGGAUGCAUGUUUGUUAAGAUCUCACGGCCUAAAAAAAGGGCCCAGACGCUGAAAUUCAGUAAGAAAUGUGUUUUAUCGCACAGGGACGAAAAACUCUGUUUGAUGUUCAGGAUUGGUGAUCUAAGAGAUAGCCACAUGGUAGAUGCCAAAAUAAGGGCUAAACUGAUCAAAUCUCGACAGACAAAAGAAGGGGAAUUUAUUCCACUGGAACAAUCAGAGAUUAACCUGGGUUACGAUACUGGAGAAGACCGUCUCUUCCUGGUGGAACCUCAGAUCAUCUGCCAUUUCAUCAAUGACCAUAGUCCGUUCUGGGAAAUGACUGCAGAGUCAUUGAAAAGGGAGCAGUUUGAAAUUAUUGUAAUACUUGAGGGCAUUGUCGAAGCAACAGGUAAGAAACAGAAUGAGGAUACAAAAGAAACUAAAUUUGGAUAUAUAUAUAUUCUUUCCAUUCAGAAAUGACAAAAUGCACAGAUUGAGAAAAAGCACCAAAAAUAUCCAUACUACUAUAAACACAUCAUUUACAUACUGAAAUAAGAAAAUUGCACUGUUACGGUUACAUUACAAUGUAUGUUAUUCUAAUUCAAUCAUUUGGUAACUUGGCAGCCCUGUCUGAGGAAGUUGCCUUUUUUUUUGGAAGGUAAGGGCUGAGUAGUCAGUCCACGUCGGUCUAGAAAAACCUACUUUAAAAAAAGUAGCUCAGUAAAUGGUAGCGAGCUGCAGUUUCACAGAGUUGCAGGUUUGAUUCCCAAGGAGAGAUAUUCAGCUUAGCCUUCUGACAUGAAUAAAUUGGGUAAUAUUAUCACCAAGAGUCCAGAACAAUUUUGGAUACUAGCAGCAAGCAAUAUUUACCUUUCCUGUUUAAAAAUGUUGGUAUUUGUUAUUAUUAUAAUAUUUAUUAUUAAAAUUACUAUGAAAACAAGGUAAUAAAUGUGAAUAAGUGAAGUUGUUUAUGUGAUGCUAUACACAUGAGUACAUGCCAGUGUUUGUGUGUGCAGCGAGUCUGCCAUUUAUGUACCAAUACACCCAAGUCAAUCCAAAUGAACUCUUUGCAUACUUGGAACAUGACAAAUAUUUCCACCAAAUAUUCCCCAUUGUGAUCCUGAGCCAAUUUUUUCCCAUUUAUAUCCCUACGACAGUUACCAUCAUGAGAUGACUGGCAAAUGGUGGCAGGAGGCAUAUGCCUACUGGGCCAUUAGCAUACAGGCAGUGGAGGAACUACCAGGGUUGCAAAUGUCACUAUUUUUACUGAACCUUGGAAUUGUGCCUGUCGAGGCAUUAUUUAGUAAAUUUCUAAUUUGGCAACAUACUAAAUAAAUCAGUGCAGCUCCCUCAUGAUUACAGUGCUCAUUGAACCAUGGUAAUGCUCUGUCUUAUUGAGUAAGUGCCCAACUGGAACAUCGUUAGCACCGGUGGUGCAGCCGGUAUAAUCACAUAAGGGGCUCAGCCGACCUGGCGGUCUGAUAAUGUCUAGCUCUCACAGGUGCCAUUGGGCCUUUCCUGCCACACUGGCAAAGCUGGAGAUCAUCAACACAAAAUAGAAGAAGGUAGAGCUGCAGGAAGGCUUACUGGGCAUAGGGGAACAUUUGAAGAACAGAAGGGAGAGCUAGACUCGGAGAGAGGGUAAAUGUAUCUAUGUGUCUGUUGUGUUUGUGGAUCUGUAUGUGUUUAUUUGCAUGUGUGUUUCAGUGAAUCUGUUUAUGUGUUUAAAUCUGUAUGUGUCAGUGUGCACAGGGCCGUUUUUAACGAGGGGCAAAUGGGGCAGCUGCCCCGGGCCCAGUUAUCAAUAUUAAAGACGGCCCUGAGUGUGCAUGUGUGUAUCUCUAAGAGUGCAUCUGUGUGUGACAAUUUACAUCUGUAUUUUUGUGUGUCAAUGCAUGUGUAUAUGUGAAUGCGUGCUUGCAUAGAAUCACCAACAAACACUACACAAAAAUACACUUCUGCAAUACUGACACUACAAAAAUACAUUCCUGCAUAUAAAUGCCAUCAUUAACAUGACAUGUCUGACAUGUCAUAAUACCCUUUUAUUCCAGAAGUUUGGUCCUUAAGGGGUUAAACAAAAGCAUGCCCCUGGGUUCAAACACAUCACAACACAUCACAAUGCCACGCAAAACAACCUUGCGUGGAAACACCAACACUACACACAAACACACCCCUGCACUUGAAAAAAACACAGUCAUAAUGUCCCAGCUUACAGUUUACCAAUUUUUGUAUAGCAGUAAGUGUGGGUGACCACCUGGUAUACAGGACACCAAUCUACAUCAAGCAGUGAAAAUUGCGGGUCUGCUCCCUAUAUAAAGAAAGGACAUAAAGAGAUGUGUUGCUAUUUAUUCUCACUGCUUGUGAGCUCUGGGUUAGAUAACCAGAAACUUUAGCUCAGCAAAUCAAUCAAUUCUGAUAGACAGCCACUAGAGGAGGACUUAACCCUGCAAAGUAAUUAUUGCAGUCUAUAAGAACUGCAAUAAUUACACUUGCAGGAUUAAGGGUAGUGGGACUAUGCACCCAGACCACUUCAAUGGGCAGUCGUCUGGGUGCCUGGAGUGUCCCUUUAAGGUCAGCAUAGACUUUGAUUUUACAUUUUAAAUUCACAUUGAAUUCUCAUUUUAGUAAAUAUCUCUAGAUUGUGAGCUCAUUUGUGCAGGGUCUUCAUCAACCUAUUGUUCCUGUAACAUUUUGUAAUUGUCUCAUUUAUUGAUCAAAUUCAUCCUUUUUGAAUAUUGUAAAGUGUUGUGAAAUAAGUUGGCGCUAUAUAAAUGCCAAUAAUGAUAUUAAUAAUAACUGUUAGAGUGUUAGAGUGUUUUUUUUUUUUCUUGAAGGACUUCCUAGGGCCUGAUGUAUAUGGUAUUGUUGAGACCUCUACUGGUGAAAAAAGAUUACUACAGUUAGCAUCUAAUUUAGGAUGUUACAUUUAAUGCACUACUUUCCCAUAUGUCUAAUACCUGGUUGUUUUUUUUCAGUGCACAAAUCUUGUAUUGUUACCAUUAACAUGAAAACAAAACUGAUUUUAUAUGAGAAAAUAAUGACUCUUUGGUUUAUAGGAGAUCAAAAAUAAUGGGUUAAUGUGUCCUUUUCAAGGAAAUAUAAGGGUAUGAGUCAGGGGUACCCAAAAGGUAGAUCCCCAGAUGUUUUAAAACUACAGCUUCCAUGAUGCUUUGCCAUUCUAAAGGCAUGUAAAGCAUCAUGGGAGUUGUAGUUCUACAACAUCUGGGAUCUACCUUUUUGGGAACCCCUGGUAUAAGGUUACAGUAGGUUUUAAAUGCACUGUUAAAACUAAGUAAUCUAGUGGAAUGUCCACUAAAUGUAGCUUGAUAUGGUGUUUAAGACAUCCAAAAACAUGCUACACGAAUUAGAGCCAAUUCAGAGCCUCUAAGUGCAAAUGCUAGGGCCAGCAAGGAAACUUUUUAAAGGGACACUAUAGGCACCCACACUACUGCAGCUUAUUGAAGUGGUCUGGGUACAGUGUCCCUAUUGCACUUAGUGUUGCAAUGUAAAACAUUGCAGUUCCAGAGAAACGGCAAUGUUUACAUUGUAGCACUAAGUCUGCUUCCAGUGGCUGUCUCCUAGAUCCAAACGGAACUUUGGUCUGGUAACUGACGCUGGAUGUCCUCAUGCUCUGGAUGCUGUGCAUGAGGAUGUCCAGUAUCAGAUUUUUACCCGUAGGAAAGCAUUAAUUCAAUGCUUUCCUAUUGGGAGGUUUAAUGUGCAUGCAGCAUUUGCCGUGGGAGCACAUUAGCGUCUGCUUGGAGGAGGAGACAGGGCUGCGACCCAGUGCCGAGGGAGAUUGGGGCUGGGAUAAGGUUAUUCACUGUGGUGGGUGGGUGCGUGGAAGGGGGGAGGCAGUGGAAGCUAUAGUGCCAGGAGUACAGCUUUGUAUUCCUAUUACUAUAGUAUCCCUUUAAAUUUGAUUAAACAGAAAUGGAUCAUAAGUGUAACAAUAGAUUUAUAUCCAGGAGUAUUACCCAUGUCUAUUUCGCAACUGAACAAAUAUCCAGUGCACUAAGUUGAUAAAUAUCAUAACUUUAACCAAUCUCAGGUAUGAGGAAUGUUGCAUAAAACCAGUUAUGCAUAAAUUAAAGGCUGGUCCAUAAAACAUAAGACCCUUGAAAUAACGGGUCUAAGGCCUUGGUCCAAAAGAUACUGUUGAGAAGAGCAAUAAGGAGAUCAUACGUAAUAUCUCACAUGCGUGUUCUGAAAGGAAAAACUAAAGAGGUUAAAAGUUGUCAUUGAUUAAAAAAAAAAAAAAGGCAAUUAAAAAAUCUAUGGUUAUCAGAAUUUGCAGUAACCUCUGUCUAGCCCAGAAGCUGCCAUCUGUCCUUAAUUGGAUAUUUAUUUUCAGAAUGACCUACAACAGUCAUGGUGGGUAAGACCCUGGAGGUUGGGCUAUACGAUUCUCUAUCUGUGCUGAAGUCUGCAAACCAAAAUACUGCUCUGUCCUUAUUUUAUUUAUUUUAAUGUAAAACUCCAGCCUUGAGUAUCAGUUUAAUGUGCCAGAGGUAGGCAACCUUUGGCACUGAUGUUGUGGACUAUAUCUCCCCUGAUGCUUUGCAGUAUUUUGGCUGUAAGAGCAUUAUUAAAUAUCUAGAGUUCCUACGAUUGACUACCCUUGUUUAAGGCUAUGGACCAAUGUAUUGUUGUCCUUACAGAUAAGCCCAUUUUUGUCUUACACGUAUUUAAAAACUUUUUUUAUACAUUUUAUCUCUAUAUACUGGUUAUUAGAUUGAAGCCCAAUACAUUUGUGUUAUAUUUAAAUUCUGCACAACUUGUAGAUUGCUCUUUAUAACUUUUCUGGUAUGUGCUGUUCCAAUUUGUUUUGUUAUCAUAGCUGGCAAUAAGCCACACAUUAGUCUCCAAUCGACUUUCUAAAACAUAGCUCCCCAGUGGCAAUGAGUGAAAUAAUAUCGCUUGAUGGACUGUAGACUUUGAUUAUAUUCAAACACAUUAGCAAACAAUUAACUUCAACUUUAUCCUUUCGUGAAAUUAAUUACUGCUAUAUUCUCCUGCAUUACAAUGAUAUAUCAUAAAACCCUAACGAUAAUAAUGGCAUAUGUAUAUGUAAAUAUCACAGUAAAGCUAUACGUUAAGUUAUGCAGGUAAAACCUAUGUCGUUUUUAAAUCUUAUAUUAGAAAUUUGAUGGAAACCUUGCUUCUAGGUGUUUUGGGGUAUAUGUGGCUGCUUUUAAAAGAAAGUGUUUACAACUUUACGUAAAGUCACUUCUAAGAUAGGGGCUGGGUUUGUAAUCAGAUUUAUGACUAGCACGUAAAUUGUAGCAUAUUUAACCCCUUAAGGACACACGACAUGUGUGACAUGUCAUGAUUCCCUUUUAUUCCAGAGGUUUGGUCCUUAAGGGGAUAAUGAAUGCCGUGAUCAGAUUUAAAUUUUUCAAUACUCAUCUUAUUCUUUUGCCCUCUCAGCAUCGCUACAUCAACGUCUUAUUCCUUUUAGGAUUCAAUUCAAGAUACUAAUACUCAAUUAUAACGCUCUUAGGCCUCGGUUUAAUGAAGUUUCCAAAUAAUUAAAUAUUUUUAGAAUUUUUUCUACAAAUUAUUUAUCUGCAAAAAUUCCCGUAGACUUUAUUGGUGAUUUCUGUAGAUAAAUCAUUUGAAAAAAGAUUUUCUAACAGCAUACCUCCCAACUGUCCCUAUUUAGUAGGGACAGUCCUUAUUUUAGGAUCCAAUCCAUCUGUUAUUAUUUUCUCUCCUAAUGUCCCAAUGACAGACACAUCCCCCCAAAGUGAGCAUGUUAGUUCAAGUGGGAUACCAGAGGAUAAAAGGGCCAGGAGAGAGUAUUGUGCAUGUGUUUGAUGGCUAAUUGUGUUAUUGUAUAUGUGUAGAGUGAGCUGUUUGUGGUAUGGUGUUUUGUAUAAAUAGGUUUGCUUCAGUUAUUUUGUGUUUGUGGUGUGUGGCUAAGGGCUGUACUGUGCAUGGUUAUUGGCUGUAGAGAAUGAGGGUGUGUAUAGGGGAUUAGUGAGUGUGUAUAGGGGCUGUAGUGUAUUUAUAGGGGAUGUAGUGAAUGUGUAGGAGCUGUAGAGAGUGAGUGAGUGUGUAUAGGGAAUCUAGUGUGUGUCUAUAGGAGAUCUAGUGUGUGCAUAGAGGAUACUGUUGUGUGUGUAGGCAGUGUGUGUCUAUAGGGGAUCCAGUAUGUGUUUGGCUUGUAUUGGGUGGGUGUGCAGUGGGGGAGGGGGAGAUGAGAGAGUAGCUAUUUAAUAACUAAAUAAAUACAAUGUAUAUAAUUAUCUAUUUAAAAAAAUAUAUAUUAUAAAAUUAAAAAUAAGCUUUAUUUCCCCUCCCCCUCCUCCCUUCUUCCCAUCUUUGGACAGGGAGCUUGGACAUUGAAAUUCGUUGAAGUCCGGUGCUGUCUGGUUUCUUUAGACCUGCACCUCCUCGGAGUGCAGGCCAAGAUCCCUCUUCUUGGAAGCUCCGGCACUGCUCUGUGUCGGAACGUUGCUACGAUAACCCGUGGUAACGUUCCAAACGUACCAGGUAAAAGUGCAGGUUAGAGCCUCCCUGGUUCUGCUGAUCUCCCCACCAGCAAUGAAUAUAUCAAGCAAGGCUGGUGCAGGCCCUGUCAACCUUGGCAUAUGGCCAUCUCAGUCCACCGGUUUGCCGAUGGCCAGUCCGCGUCUGCCUGAGUGUAUAACAGAGCUCCACAACAAUAACUCUCCUAGCAAUUUGCCUUUAAACUAAAAGAGAUGUGUUUAGAAAUAAGUCUGUGUAAAUAAGAUACAUUGUUCCUGUUCUAAUUACAUUUUAGUUAUAUAAAUUAUUAAUAAGUAACCUAUAACUUCUCAGAAAAGCCCCGGCCCUGGCCAACCCACACUUACACACUUAAAGUUAGUGUCCCUCUUUUGUCAUUUAAAAUGUUGUGAGGUAACACACAGUACUGAAUCAUCUGGAAAGCUUAUUAAUUCAAGGCAUUAAUCUCUUAAUAACUCUACCUCUCAAUAUAUUUCUACACCUUCUCCUGUCCUCUGUUCACAUUCAUACUAAAAUUUCAUAAGGGCAGCUCCAUACCAGUGGAAAAGAAUGCCUUUCACGUCAGAUUGUCACCUACACUUCAAAUUUUUAAGAAGACCCUUAAAACUCAUCUCUUCUUCAUAGCCUAUAGUCUCCCUGGGUAAUUCUCAUUCCUUAUGCUGUCUACCACUUCCACAGUCCACUCCAUUCUCCUACCUUAUGACUCUUCUCUUUUUCCGCACACUCAACCAUUGCUCUUAUAAUGCACGUUGCUCUUCUUUUUGUGCAUUUAUGUCUCACCUCAGCUUUACUAUGAGCACGUUUGAGCGAUUUUAGCAUUACAUAAAUGCUAAUAAUAAAAAUAAUAACACAACUACUAAAUAAGCCACGUGAUCUUAACUAUGCCAAGAAUAGUGAAUGCUAGAUUGUGGCAAUAAAAUCUAGUAAUAAGCUCAACUAAGUUUAUUAAAAGUAAUCCACUAAUUUAGUAGAAAUUUAAAGGAAGUCGAUGACUGAAAUCUUUUUAAUAACACAACCUUCAUUUCUUUUUUAAAACAGGUAUGACCUGCCAAGCUAAGACUUCUUACACUGAAGAUGAGAUAUUAUGGGGUCAUAGAUUUGAGCCAUGCAUGAGUCUGGAGAAAGGAGCCUUCCGUGUUGACUACACCCAUUUCGAUAAGACCUUUGAUGUCCAAACACCCUGGGGAAGUGCAAAGGAGAUGCAAGAGCAGAAAGAUAUGGAGCAAAAUGACAGGUCAACCCUUAGUCUCUACUGGGACAACAUGCUCCAGACUUGUGUCCCUGAUGAGAACAACACAAUUCCUGGACCUUUUUUUCAUGAAAACCAGGAAAAAUUUGACUUCCACAGUAUUGCCGAAGAAAGGAGUAAGGAGUCAGAGAGCAAUGACCAUAAAGUCUGAUCAUCCUUUAUUGCCAAUAAUUAAAAAGAAAACAUUUUGUGACGGUUUCUUUUUCCCCAAAUCUUUAAUAAUUUUCAAAAUGUGCAAUAAAAAGUUGAACCCAUAAACAUAAUGUGGAACAAAAUAAGCACAUUUCAUUGCAAAAUAUAUUGGAACCACAUCUGUUACCCAUUAAUAAUAAAUGUAUGGUACCUUGUCAUCAUCGCCCCCAAUACAUCUUCUAUUCUCUGUUAGAUGUGAGCAUUUCUACUCUUUUUAAUAAAUAUCCAAGUGUCUGAAAAGCCAACUAUAAU